AUGGACACUGCUGGAAAAUUACAAGGAGAGAAACCAGAUGUGACUGGAUUAUCUGUGGUGGUCAGUCCGUCCCCUACAGCUAAUGUCCUGUCUGGUGAGACCCUAAGUAUCACGUGUCAGUGGUCAGCUGACUACACUGGCCAAUUGGCUUCUGUUAACUAUAGAUUGAAUGAUGAUGAUGGUUCGUUGGGUACAUUAUUUAUGAAUUUUGGGACAACAUGUCCGGAUACACCACCAAACGGACCAUCCUACACUUUCUCCUGUAACAGAGAUACAAGGACAAUGGAGAUCCAGAUUCCCGCCAAUAGUUACAGUCACGGCGACAGAUGGACGUGUGAGGGGAGAAAUAACACCUCUGACAGUACAACACAGACAGACACGACUACAGUGGACGUUGUUGUUCCUGUGGCAUCAGUGAUUAUCUCCCCUCCCACCACAGUGACUGUAGAUGUCGGUACCAACACCACCUUAACCUGUGUCACGCAGCCCCACAGUCGACCUACAGCCAAUGUCACAUGGUAUCGAAUGGUCAGUGGUCAGCCACAGAUGAUUACCUCCAACAUUUCUGUGUCGUAUGACGCUCAACACUCAGCUCUAUCUACUACCAGUGUUCUGUCAUAUGUACCAUCAAAGGAGGACAAUGGACGGGCCGUAUACUGCGUUACCGACGGUGGAUGGACAGGAAGUACUUCUACAACGAUAAAGUCAAAUGAAGUUUCACUCAAUGUGAGAUAUCCUCCGACUCAUCCACUCACUGUGACCGGAAACACUGACCCUGUAUAUGAUGAUGAUGACAUUGACCUGCGAUGUAGUAUAAGGGGAGGUAACCCAAUCGCUACUCUGUCAUGGAUGUGUCCAGGCCAAAGUGUUAUGUCUUCGCCGAGCGACACAUCGGACACGGCCAUCUCUGUUCUGAGAAUCACUCUGACACCUUUCUAUAAUGGUGCCAACUGCACAUGUACAGCUACUCAUCAUGUACAGGGUUUCACAAGUACUCACACCGAGGUUUUCAACGUCUACUUUGCCCCACAGAUUAGAGCCCUGACUGUGACAGACCCUUUCCCCUGGCUGGCCAGAGAAGAUUACGUUGGCCGUCUGUCCUGUGACACUACAAAUGGUAACCCAUCUCCUACACGGUACACAUGGCACAGGGACGGUUUAGUGGUCAAUUCUCUGACCUCCCAAGUGAUUAUGUUUGGACCACCGGUCAGCAGUGAUGACGGACGGGUAUACAAGUGUAGGGCAGAUAACGCUUUCACUGACAUCAAAGGAUCAGCUCCAGAGUCCCAAAUCACGUUAGAUGUACAAUUCGCCCCUGUGUUAACAUCUGACUGUCAGGUAAAGGUUAAUGAGACAGAUAACUACCAGUGUACCUGUACAGCUGUAGGUAAACCAACACCUGUUGUUACCUGGUUACCCCAGAAUUUGUCAUCUAACAAUGUCUUGAACUUCCUGUCCAUCAACAGGGACAAAGCCGGGCUGUACACAUGUAAAGUCACAUCGUCAUCAUCAAAGUUCGGGACACUACAAACUCAGUCUGUUCUCAACCUCGUGGUACAGUAUGCCCCGGAUGUCACUUUGCUGGCUCAGAAUUCCACUGAAGAUGUUCGGUCAUUGGUGAUGACAUGUAAUGCGUCUGGUGUCCCUAACUCGUACACGUUUGGUAACUGGGUACAUAAAUAUGACAACACCCUUAUCAGGACCCUUACUGGUGACGAGAAGACCCAAGGGAGAACUCUCACACUAGACACGGUGUCGUAUCAGGACAUCGGUACCUACACAUGUCAGGUACAGAACUCCAUCACGGGAAGGAAUGGUCAGCUGACACAGACAGGAACAGCUGUCUUUGAUGUUAGAGUGACAGUCGCAUUCGGGUUUCCAGCGGCCAUGCCACGGUUACACAAGACAAUAUGCGACCUCAUAUUUGACUUGGCUACUCAACAGAUCAACAUCCACAGUAUUGAACUGGCAAAACUGGAUCUCCAUCCCCUUCCCUUUCGUGACUAG